GUGCACGCGUGUGAGCUGGCCCGAGGAGCACGGGCGGGUGUGAGCGCGAGCACACGUGUCGGGUGUGCACUCGCGUGCGCUCUGGGGCCCUUGCCUGGCCCUCUGCGCCCCGCGCCCCUCCCGGCCGCCCGCGGCAGCUCCCGCCACUCCCGCCCCGCGCCGCCUGUCACUCGGUCCUCGCCCGCCACGCCGCAGUCGCCGCUGCCGCCCAGCCUGAGCCCGCGGGCCGCCCGUGCCGGGCACCUGUUGGAGGCCCAGGGACAGGGAGGGCAGUGAGGUUUCUCCAGACCCCAGCCAGCCACGCCAGCCCUGCACCCGUCUCUCCGUCUCCCAGCCAGAGGUGCUGCAUGAGGGGCCGCAGGGGCGACCGCAUGACCAUCAACAUCCAGGAGCACAUGGCCAUCAACGUGUGUCCUGGACCCAUCAGGCCCAUCCGCCAGAUCUCGGACUACUUCCCUCGCAGGGGGCCAGGACCAGAGGCUGCUGGCAGCAGGGGCUGCGGGGAUGCCCCAGCUCAUUUGACCCCUCUGGCUCUGGCCCCCCCUGCCGCUCUCCUUGGGGCCACCACACCUGAUGAUGGAGCUGAGGUAGACAGCUACGACUCGGAUGAUACCACUGCCCUGGGCACUCUGGAAUUCGACCUUCUCUAUGACCAGGCUUCCUGCACUCUGCACUGUAGAAUCCUCAGGGCCAAGGGCCUCAAGCCCAUGGAUUUCAAUGGCCUGGCUGACCCCUAUGUCAAACUGCACCUCCUGCCAGGAGCCUGCAAGGCCAAUAAGCUAAAAACUAAGACCCAGAGGAACACACUGAACCCUGUGUGGAACGAGGAGCUGACGUACAGCGGCAUCACGGAUGAUGACAUCACACACAAGGUGCUCAGGAUCUCUGUUUGUGACGAGGACAAGCUGAGCCACAAUGAGUUUAUCGGGGAGAUCCGAGUGCCCCUCCGCCGCCUCAAGCCUUCACAGAAGAAGCAUUUUAACAUCUGCCUUGAGCGCCAGGUCCCGCUUCCUUCACCCUCUUCAAUGUCUGCGGCACUGAGGGGCAUUUCCUGUUACCUAAAGGAGCUAGAGCAGGCAGAGCAGGGACCUGGGCUGCUGGAAGAGCGUGGGCGCAUCCUGCUGAGCCUCAGCUACAGCUCCAGGCGGCACGGGCUGCUGGUGGGCAUUGUUCGCUGUGCCCACCUGGCUGCCAUGGAUGUUAACGGCUACUCUGACCCCUAUGUGAAGACGUACUUGAGACCAGAUGUGGAUAAGAAAUCCAAGCAUAAAACAUGUGUAAAGAAGAAGACAUUAAACCCAGAAUUUAAUGAGGAGUUCUUCUAUGAGAUGGAACUCUCCACUCUGGCCACCAAGACCCUGGAAGUCACAGUCUGGGACUACGACAUUGGCAAAUCCAAUGACUUCAUCGGUGGUGUGUCUCUGGGGCCAGGAGCCCGGGGAGAAGCGCAGAAACACUGGAGUGACUGUUUACAUCAACCGGAUACAGCCCUGGAGCGCUGGCACACCCUGACCAGCGAGCUGCCCCCAGCAGCAGGGGCUUUCCCUUUGGCCUGA